GCUUCUGCGCACGCGCACUUGCGCGCACUGGCGUUAAAGUGUUGCUCGAACCUCGAGCUCAAGUUAUGAUGGCGGUCGCGAUGGACACUGAUCAAUUCCCUUACUUGCCGUCGGGGCCAGACCAAGUCAAUCAGAUGAUCAAGGAGCACGGCAACCUGUUCACAGACAGCCUGUGCAGCGUCUGCAAUGCCGUCCUCAUCUCAGAGUCGCAGAAGCUGGCUCACUAUCAGAGUAAGAAACACGGCAACAAGGUGCGACGUUACCUUUCCAUCCAAAGUGAGAAUGAGCCAGAGACAAAAAAGUUCAAGUCCCUAUCCUCUGUCAGCCACGACACCAACAAUGGUGAGUCAGACCCGAUGAAGGCUUGCAAAAUGUGCAAGAUGACCUUCACGUCCCCCGUGAUGGCACAGUCUCACUACCAGGGCAAGAUCCACGCCAAGAACCUCAAACUGAAAUCGGUGGACCCUCACACCUUAGCCCAACAGGCUGCACCAGCUCCAUCCAAGAAGAAAGCAGCAGCAGCAGCAGCGGUGGUUCUCCCCGCCGCAGUCAAUCAGAUGAUCAAGGAGCAUGGCAACCUGUUCACAGACAGCCUGUGCAGCGUCUGCAAUGCCGUCCUCAUCUCAGAGUCGCAGAAGCUGGCUCACUAUCAGAGUAAGAAACACGGCAACAAGGUGCGACGUUACCUUUCCAUCCAAAGUGAGAAUGAGCCAGAGACAAAAAAGUUCAAGUCCCUAUCCUCUGUCAGCCACGACACCAACAAUGGUGAGUCAGACCCGAUGAAGGCUUGCAAAAUGUGCAAGAUGACCUUCACGUCCCCCGUGAUGGCACAGUCUCACUACCAGGGCAAGAUCCACGCCAAGAACCUCAAACUGAAAUCGGUGGACCCUCACACCUUAGCCCAACAGGCUGCACCAGCUCCAUCCAAGAAGAAAGCAGCAGCAGCAGCAGCGGUGGUGGAGGUGGCGGCGGCGGCAACUGGCAACGGCGGUCACGGUGGCGACAAAGACCCCGACCGCUUCUGCUCCAUCUGCCAGGCGUCCUUCAACAAUGCGCAGAUGGCCCAGCAGCACUACUCGGGCAAGAAGCACAAGAAACACCUGGCCAAGCAGGACCUGAUGAAGCUCUACGGCAAGCCCGCCACUCCGGCAGCGUCCACGGCAAAAGGCUUGCCCUGUACACUCUGCAACAUUGAGCUCAACUCUGUGGAUCAGUACCAGUCUCACAUCAGCGGGGCCAAACACAAGAACCAAAUGAAAAAAUCUGGCCUGACCCCAUCUGACAGCCAGCAGGCAUCCGCUCCCCAAAACGAGCGCCGCGACAGAGACGAGCAGUCCGCCGGAAACGACGAGGACGACGACGACGACGACGAGCAGCCCGGCAACGGCUCCUAUCAGGGCGGUUUGCCGAGCCAGCUGCUGGCGUCGGGGGAGGACCAAGAUUUUGUGACGGAAGACAACCUUUUUGAGACGGAAGACAACUUCUUUGGGAUUGGAGGCGACAUUUUCUCCGCGGCAGAUGACCAAUACGAUGAAGACAGCUAGUACGCCACUGUGACUCAUGAGUACUAGAACCACCAGACUGGGUUUCGCGCCGGACUAUGGAGGAUUCAGUCAGGACCUGGAACAAUAACAAAACCUAACCCUCCCACCGGAACGCUCCCCGCAUCCCACCCUUCCCCUCCCCACAAAAAGAAUCUUUUUCUAACUGAACCCCCAAUGUGAAGUUUAAUUGCGUUUUAUUUCAACGUCUUUUAAAACCAAACGCUUUUGUGACAGUCUCUUAGCAUGUGCUAAAUGAAGACACAUUCCCCUUGGAAAAAAAACAACUCACCAUCGUUUCAGUGGAGAACCCAAAAGUCCGCAUAUCAAACGAUAAAUUUGUUGGAUAUUGUUACUUUUACCCAAACGGCUCCUGUCGUCGUGUCACAGCACAGCUUCCGUUAGAUUUUUAGUUGUGUGUAACGGUUUUAUCUAUCUUUUACCUGUUAUUUUUGUAUUUAUUUACUUUUUUUUGUAAGUCUUUGAGAAACUUUGUGUUAAAAAUUUUAACAUCUAAAGUUUUUUCAAAUUUUUUUUUGCAAUUAUAUUAAGAAACUAAACCCAAAAGAAUUGACAGUGUCCCCACCAGGUAGCGCGACUACACAAACGUACUAUAAACAAAAGAAGCUUUUCUGCUGCACAUCACCAACCAGGUUUUUUUUCGCAGCCCUUGUGGGAAACUGCGAAAACCACGCCACACUGAAAUGGAUCGCUCGCCACAAGAAGUGCGAACAAACAACAAUGGAGGAGAACAAGGGUCUCCUGUAUCUCCUUAAAGCGGCAAACACAACACACACCACUGGAUAAUCCCUCAGGAUAAGAUUUCAGAAACUUCCCAUAAUUGGGCUUUUGCCGAUUUUGAUAGGAAGCGGUCAACACUUUUUUUCUUUUUUUUAUUUAUAAUACCAAUUAUCAGUGGUAGUGUAACCCAUCUCAAAAGUGACACCUGUCGGCUCUUUUUUUUUCAGAACAGAUCAGAGGUUGGGAAAAAAAUCACUCUUAACACACCACACACCAAAGGAUAAUCUUUCAGAGACCUCCUAUCUGACGUUUGCUGACUUUGAUUGUUGCUUCAAUUUGGCCUUCCCUUUAACAUUGACAGUUGUUGCCCUCAGCUGUUUUCCGAGCAGACGAGAGAUGAAAAAUCACUCUGCCCCACACCACAGGAUAAUCGUACAGAUUAUCGAUCUGUGUGUCUUGAGAGUAGAUUACAGGCAGCAAGAACAUCUCGUACCCGCGUAGGUAGUGGAAGAGCAUCAACAGCAAAUGGAGCAGUGGAAAAGCAGCGUUAAAAAAAAAAAAUCGUGCUUUUGUGCACUCGCGCAUUCAAAUGACCAAAAGUCAUCAGCGGGUUCAGUCACGGUGUGUCCUGCUUUCAAUCGUAAUGCCCUCACACUGGAAGUAUCGUUGUCACUGAAAAGAAAAAUCGUUCCAAGCUGCUCUUCUUCUGCCCUAAUUUUUCUUGUAUGGUUGACUUGGUUUUUAUUCCACUUUUGCAGUAAAUGGCGAUCAAUAACAAACGAGUCCUGCAUUUCACAUCGUCUUCAAGUGAUGUCAAAAUAGGCAAGUGAUGUCAGUGAGUAUCAUCAAGUAAGUCUUACCUGUUCUCGACCUGCUGCAUAUUUUACGACCGAAUGUUUGCGCUAUUGCGAGUGGGUGUGUGUGUGCUGUUUUAUUUUCUGCUGUACGUUUUGGUGUCAUCCUGAUCCGUUACAUAAAAAAA